CUUACUUCCGAAGCGGACCAACCUUUCAUUCUUUCCCCACUACAAUUUCGAGUUCUGCUUGCUUCUUUCCAUAAUCAAUUCCAUCUGUCAUUAUUCCAUUGACACAUUAUUUCAUCAUCUUCCAUUAUUACGAACAUUAUCUCAUACACAUAUACGCAUAUACAUGUUGACGUCUCUCGAAGUUAAGUGUUGAAGGUCGAGGUGCAUUAGGAGUAUCAGGAGCAUCAGCUCUUCUCCUUGUGGAAGUACCUUGAGUUGCUUGGGGCCGUAACUAUAGAAACCAAAAAAAAAAAUUUAUGAUGGCGGAUGAUAUGUCGAAUCCACACCUUCUCUCGCCUCCACGAGCGAACAAUGGAAAGGAAAGAAGAAAUCCGUCUAUUACUCCAAGAAAAUUCAGACGAUUCUUUACUCCUCGUUCUCGAGUACCCACACGAAUAAGCCCGGCUAGACAGGCUCUUCAGGAUCUCGCUAUCCCUUUUAUCAACAACCGAUAUCAGACUCCCGCUCCAUCCAGCCCAUUACUGCCAUCUACUGAGGACCAUCCACGGGAUGAGAACAUGGAUCACUUAGAUAUUCGAUUGCCCAAGAGACGAAAAUUCCAGCAUACGCCCGAUUCGUCACCAUGCCGACCUUUUCUGAUGACCGAGCCGAACAAUGGGAGACUGAGCCCUUCGCCAAGUACCAGGUCGGCAUUGCUUAGUCCAAUUAGAUCUCUGCACUCAAUCCAGGAGAAUAUCGACUCGGAUCAAGAGGAAAGCGAGGAUGAGCUUCCACCUCAAUCAGCGCCAUUAAAGCGCUUAGUUCCUGUAACUAGCCGCGGCUUUGCUGGUCAGCUCGCACAAAGACAGUUGGGAGGGAUGCCUCGUGCUGGACGCUCAUAUAUGUCAUUUCCGACCUCCGACUGGAGAGUUCAUACCGCCGACUUCUAUUCCAGACCAGAUGAUGCUCAUCCGUGUGUCAGUCAUGACGGUCCGGGCCGAUGUAUUCCAUUUUGCGCGGCCGCAUGUCACAGAAAUAGUCUCACCGCAGUGGGAGAUGAAGAAGGCCGUGUCCGCUUACUUGAGUCUUCUGGCGGAGAGGAAGAACCAUUUGGCAAAAUACAUCUAUAUUUCGACGCCCACAACAAUGCUAUCAUCGACAUGGAUUUCUCAGACGAUGAUCAUCGUCUUGCCACUGCCUCGGGCGAUCAGUCUGGACGAGUCACCGAUAUGAUGACACAAACCCCAAUUUCAAUUCUUCAACAUCAUACUGCCUCUCUUAAGCAAGUACGAUUCCAGCCAGGUAAAUCCAAUAGCAGUGUGCUUGCAACAUCUUCUCGUGAUGGUAGCGUUCAAAUCUGGGACCUUCGCUGCUCAGGACCGUUGGUACAGGAUACUCUUGUCUCUCCCCUGGCCCGUGAGACGGCCUUUCGAUUCCGAGCCCCACCUCCAAAGCAAGGUUGUGCUGUGAAUAGUCUCUAUCACGCUCACGCACGUACCUCGCGUCAAGCUCAACAGGCUGCAGCUGUACAAGGGGAUACUCCAUCACGUCGUGAGCUACCCGCCCGUAUAGGCGACGUGUCUGUCACGACUCUACAGUUCCUUCCUGAAGGACAAGAGCACCUACUGCUCACGGCCUGUGAGGCAGAUGCAUCUAUUAAACUGUGGGAUAUCCGAUCAAUUCACUCCUCGCGUCAGAAAGUGCCCUCCCCAUUAUCGGCAACCACACCUCCCUCAUCGCACCUAAACUGGAGACCCUUUGGUAUCUCGUCUCUGGCACUGAACACUGACGGGUCCCGACUUUACGCACUCUGUAAAGACAACACUGUUUAUGCGUACUCGACUGCCCAUCUCAUACUAGGUCACGCGCCAGAGCUUUCUACGCGAAACGGCGAACCGCCACGACGUCGCCACAACGCCGUAACUCAUCAAGGUCUGGGCCCGUUGUACGGUUUCAGGCAUCCCUCCUUGCACGCAUCGAGCUUCUACGUCAAAUGUGCCGUGAGACCGGCGCGUGAUGGAAGAAGUGAAGUCCUAGCAGUUGGGAGUAGCGACAAUUGUGCCGUGCUAUUCCCCACGGAAGAACGAUACUUCAGGGACGACCUGUCCGGCGCGAUGGGUACUCUUAGCCUAGAGAACUCGACAAUAGCCACAUCGAAUCAGCAAUCAGUUCAGGUUGCACCUAUCGAACCAACUGUUCGUAGGCCGUUGUUUAGAACCAAUAGCACGGUUGCCAUUGCGGCGCGAUUGAAUGACGAUAUUCCUAUUGUGAAGAAGGGAACGCCACUUGUCCGUGGCCACGAAAGUGAGGUCGGCGCACUAACUUGGACCAACGAAGGCAAACUUGUCACUGUAGGAGAUGACUACUUAGUCCGCUGUUGGAGUGAGGGGAGAGCAGACGCGGAGGAUUUGAGAACAGGAGGUGAGGGCGAGGGUAGACGUUGGCUUUGUGGAUGGGCGGAGGUUGGGGAGGAUUGGGAUGUUCCCGAUGACGAUGAGGAGUAGAGGAUUUGAAAAGGAAGUGAGGACAGGAGAGAUGACUCGUACAUUCAGCAAGCAAGUAAGCAAGCAUGGCAUGGCGUUGGGCGUUGGCUUUAGCAGGCAUCGAGCAUUACGCAUUUGAGCCUUUAGUUUUAAGGCGGAACUGUAUACCCCCUUUCCAUAGUAAGGUAAUGGGACGCUGUUUUAUACGCGAAUUGAUAUUAUUGCACAUGA